AUGCAAGGAAAGAAGAUUCGUCUUAUCUAUUUUGGGCGCGUAUUGCCCCAGGGCGUGCGUCUCGCUUCGUGGCUCGAUGCCCUCUCGAUACCUGAUGCUACAAGCGCAAGUGGGGGUGGCGGAAGCACGAAGCGUGAGAGUGGCUUGGAAGAUGGUGUUUCGGUCCAAGAUUGUCUUGAUUCUCUGCGUGAUGAUGAUCCCUUGCCGUAUGAGCGAAUACUUGUUGAACGUGUGCCACAAGAAGAUGGCAUGUACACUCUUCGGCGACCAGCGAAUAUCAGCAGCCAUGUCACAAACUCCAAAAGUCAUGGAAAACAACGCGACUUGGAACUGGAUCAUGUUGAUCGUACGAUGAAAGUGUGUGCAGUGUGCCUACCGACGAUCUUUCUACAAUGCUCGAUUGGCGGCCAGCUGGAUGCACAUGAACCCAAUGCGUCAGAGGCAGGUCCUAGUGUGUCAACGACGAAUGAGCCGCGCGGCUUCGAUCGUUUGCGCUACACGGCUGGCAUGUCAGACAUGGACAUUCAGCUCAUGCGUGAACAGUUCCAUCGGCAAAGUGGUUUGCUGGGUAUACGCAGUGGUGACGUGCUUCGGCAGCGCGAAGAAGACAAUAUGGUAUAUGCGAUGGAAGACCAAUGGAUUGAUAAUAUGGGGCAGGAUCCCGUCCAGCGUCAAGUGUCCUCGGUAUGGAAAAAGGGGAUGUGGGGCCUAUUGAUUGGGUUUCUGUUUCCGCUGCUCCCGCUAUUUUUUGUGUAUGAUUCGCCGAUGAUUCCGUGGCCGCGCCGCUCAGCCUUGCGUCUAGCGCAUCAAGCUCAGGUUCUCCAACAUACGCGUGAACUUGAGUCUUUGCUGGCGCAGCUGUCUGAACGCCUAGAUGCCAGGUCAGGUGAGCUCGAUACCGCGCAGCGAGCACGCAUCGACAAUGUCCGUCGCUCUGUCUUGAUGCCGUUGGACCAAUUUCGACAGAGUGUGGUGGAACGCGAAGCGACGCGAAUGGACCAGCAUGACAGUGGCACGGGAUUCAAUGGCAAUGGAUUGCGUACGCACACGACAGCCAACAACGCUGAGCCUCGCGAAGGUCGACAAGCACAUGAUAACGACGGCAACACGAACGACAACAGUGGCAGUAACUGGCGCGGGAACGGGAACGGCGAAGACGACGAAGACGACGACGAUGAAGUAAACGAAAGCGACCAUGUCGUCCGCGAAGGCGCCGCCGAUCCAGCGUCUUGGCGGUCGCCUCUGGAGCGGCUUGGUGUGCGCGCUCCCCGGGUGAAUCAUUAUGUUGUGUUUUCACCGGUCACGCUCUUUUGUAUCAUGAUAGGGUUUUUGGUCAAGUACGUUCAUCCACACAACGCUAACGCUAGUGUACUGGUUUGUAUAAUACGGUUUGCUUGGUAA